AAACAGUCUCGCUCCGCACGCCAGCCGUGGCGCGCGUUACAAACAAACAAUAUAAAAAAACAACAAAUAAAAAACGUGCACCGAAUUCCAGCCCGAAUUUUAAAAAUGAAGCUGAUACUGGUGGCGGUGAUCGCCAGCGUGGUGGUGGCGGCCGCCCUGCCACCCUCCUGCGAGAGGCCGGUCUACUGUGACAGCAAGCUGCUGCACCACGUCCAGAUGGCGAGGAUCUACAACGACUCCAAAACCUUCGUCGACUUUCAGAUGAAGACCGACGAGCAGACCAUCCUGGCCGAGUUUGACAAACUCCUCGCGGAGACGAGCGACAGCCCCACGAAGGAGCAGCUCCAGGAGUUCGUCAAUAAAUACUUCGACAACACCAGCGAGCUGGAGAAGUGGACGCCACCCGACUUCAACCAGAACCCGCCCUACCUCCGCAGCAUCAGGGACAAGAAGCUCCGCCAGUUCGCCAGCGACAUCAACCAGAUCUGGCCCGUCCUCGGCAGGAAGGUCAAGGACAUCGUCCACGAGAAACCCGAGCUGUUCAGCUUCAUCCCCGUCCACAACGGCUUCAUCAUCCCCGGCGGCCGAUUCACCGAGCUGUACUACUGGGACACCUACUGGAUCAUUGAGGGUCUCCUCAUCAGUGGCAUGAAGGAAACCGUUAAGGGCAUCAUCGGCAAUCUCAUCGAGCUACAGAGGAAGUUCGGCCACAUCCCCAACGGGGCGCGGUGGUACUACCAGGAGAGGAGCCAGCCGCCGCUGCUGUCGGGCAUGGUGUCCCAGUAUAUGCGAGCGACGAACGACCUCAAAUUCUUGAGGGAGAACAUCGACGCCCUCGAGAGCGAAAUGGAGUACUGGCUGGACACGCAGAGCGUGACUUUCGACGUGUGCGGCAAACAGUACACCCUGCUCCGAUACUUCGCCCCCAGCGAGGGACCCCGGCCGGAGUCCUACUACGAGGACUACACGAACGCCCAGACCUUCCCGACCGAGGAGCUCCGGAAAGAGUUCUACGUCAGCAUUAAGAGCGGCGCCGAGAGCGGCUGGGACUUCUCCACGCGCUGGUUCGUCGACCAGAACGGAGGAAACAGAGGUAACCUCUCGACUAUCCACACGUUCGAAAUCGUUCCCGUUGAUUUGAACUCGAUCUUCGCGAACGCCAUGCAAAACCUGGCAAGUUUCUACUCGAAGAUCGGUCAGCCGCGCAAGGGCGUCUCCUGGGACUGGCUCGCUGAGCAGUGGAGGAACGACAUCCAGGACGUCCUAUGGAACAAAGAGGAUGGCAUCUGGUACGACUGGGACCUGGAGCACGGUCAGCACCGUAAAUACUUCUACCCGAGCAACGUCGCUCCCCUGUGGAUGCGCGCCGUCGAUAAGGUGUUCAUAAAGGAGAAGGGGCCGGUCAUCCUGAAAUACCUCAAGAACUCGCACGGCCUGGACUACCCCGGCGGUGUGCCGACGUCGCUGAUCCGCAGCGGCGAGCAGUGGGACUUCCCCAACGCCUGGCCGCCGCUGGUCAGCAUUAUGAUCAACGGUCUGGAGGCGUUGAAGAUCGAGGAGGCCUCGAAGCUGGCCUUCACUCUCGCCCAGAGGUGGGUCCGGGCGAACUACAAGGGCUUCAACGAGACCAAGGCCAUGUUCGAGAAGUACGACGUGGAACUUCCCGGGAAGGUCGGAGGCGGGGGCGAGUACCAGGUGCAGCUCGGCUUCGGCUGGACCAAUGGCGUGGUCCUGGAGAUGCUGUCCAAGUACGGCAAGUACAUGACCGCGGAGGAGAACCCGCAAGUCAAAACGGUGCCGUCCUACGUCGCUGGAGGACAAAUCGUCUAGACAAAGUAUUAGUGUCGAGUUUAGCAUUGUUACCAAUUGUGCAGCAUGUGAGUAAGCAUACAAACUAGUCUGUAACAGAUGAAGAUUUGUAUUGUAAUGUUAUGUAGUAGAAAGUCUAUCGGGGGUUCCCUUACGAAACGCACUUUAAAGUUACUAUUUUAAAUAAGAUGACUAGACCAUAUCAGUCAGUUAACAGCUUGAUAACUAUUUGUAAAAGUUUGGUGAAGAGAAACAGGAACUUACCU